AUGACAAAAAACUCUCGCAAGUCAAAGAAAAAGACCCUUUACGAGGAUGACCCUGAUGCAGCAGAUGUCAUCACAUACAAAACACAAUCCAGGACAACCCGAAAUGGGAGAAGAGUUGAAGAGUUAGUUAAAGUCCCGCUAACCAGAACAGAACGGUAUCACGUUAAUGGGGAUCAACCACCGUCUGUUUCUGUGGAUGACAAUGACAAUGACUCAGGGCCAGCACCUAUGGAUUACGAUGAUGUGAAUGUGGAUGAUACUGUGGUCCCAAAGGCCCGAAAGACGCAAAGAGAUUAUAUUCUCCAGUUUGUCGAGAGGGUUGACGACUUACUUGGGGCAUUAUUGAGCAGAGAAGCACUGAAUGUGCCUGUUGAACAAUCGGUUUGUACUCACUGCCAGGCCAACAAUAUUGCAAUCUGGCGCUGUCGAGACUGCAGUUUACCAUCGGUUAUGUGCCGAAAAUGUAUGCGAGAGAGUCAUAAAUCCAAUCCCAUGCACCGGAUUGAGCGAUGGAUAGGUACUCAUUUUCGCUCAGCCGAACUUUGGGAGGUUGGAACAUACCUUUUAAUUCCUCAUCACUCUGGGACCGCUAUAUGUUCAUCAUUAAAAGCUCGGAUACAGUUUCUGGAAUAUCUGGAGGAUCCAAAAGACAGGUCAGAGCAAGCCCAGCUCAGGUCACUGGACCUUAGCCAAGUUCCCUGGAGAUCUGAUGAGCAAAGGCUGGCCAAUGUCGAUAGUGACAGCAGAAACCAUCCGCUCGACAACGCUGAACCUGGAGAAAUUCCUGGAGAGAAUGGCCCAUCUGAUUCAGAAUUUGAGCAGCUACUAGAUGGCUUACUUGAAGACCCAUCUAUGGAGCUGCCGCCAGAUAUUUUAGAUGAUGAUGACGAUGAAACGGAAGUUUCAAAUGGGGAGUCUGAAAUCGGAAAUAUUCCUCAAUACCUGCACAAUCCGACAGGCCCGACACCGAAUACUUCCCCGCAAGCUGGACAAGCGCCUACGGUGGAUGGUCUUAACAACUCGUACAUCCGCAUUGUGCACACAAAUGGCUUGCAUCACCUAGCCAUGGUAUCAUGUGUUUGCCAUGGCUCCGACACAUUACCGCUUGAUCUUAUGGCAAGUCGAAUGUUACCGACAAGUUUCUACCAUACCCGCACGUUGUUUUCCGCUCAGCUAUUGGACUAUUUUCGGCUUUCAAACUUGGAACUAAAGGCAUCUGCAUACCAGUUUUAUUCAUUGCUCAAGCGCAUAACAAAUCCUAUGGCGCCAUCUAGUGUCGUUGACCUCUACAACGAAUUCCGCAGAAUGUCACGGUUAUGGAGAUGGAUGAAAAAGUUAAAGUGGGCGGGAUUUGCAGGUCAUAAUGGUAAAAGUGCCCUCAAUGUCGGAAAAGGUGAAUUGGCAAACUAUUGCCCUACCUGCCCCCAGCCAGGCGUCAAUAUCGAUCCUAAUUGGAAAGAUGACCCUAAUCGCUGGGUCUACAAACGAAUUUUUGUUGCCGAUGGGAACUUUAAAGCCGACCAUGUACGAUCGGAAAAGCCGUCUCGGGAUAUUUGGUUGUCGGAAGGUGGAGGUAUGAUGCCUCCAAGGGAGGAAUACCAUGAAUUCCUACGGACAGCAAUUGAAGCAUUGACUGGCGCACCCUGCGAGAACACCUUUCGUGCUAUUCAAAACUCGCUAUUAUCAUCUUCGUCAUGCGAUGUUACAGGCAUUGUCGGAGUUGCAUGUGCCCGACAUGGUUGUUAUGCACCUAACGCUCUUGUCAACCUCUUUAAAGGUGAACAGCAAAAAAAUGUGGACUUCGCGUUUCUAGCGGCCCUUCGCUCUACUGGUGUUCAUCCCGACCAGGGAACAAUGAUGAUAUACGAUAUCAUUUGCCAGUAUAUCAUCCACCUCUUGAAGCGGAUUAAACAUCAUCUCCCAGAUGGAUUCAAAAUUGAUCGAGCCAUUGGUAUGUUUCAUGUACAUGCCCAUAAAGACGAGUGCUUCUUCCGAUAUGCACCAACCUUUAUUCCUGGGGCGGCUUGUGUUUGCGGUGAAAUUCUGGAGUCACUCUGGGCGGACUUGAACUCCAUCUCCCCGGCUACGCGUACAGCAACAUUGGCACACCGGACUGAAAUUCUUGAUGACCAUGCGUCGGACUCAAACCACAAAAAGGCAUUGGGGAUUACGAAGUAUCUCUGCAGAAGGCAUCUAGAGGCGGUCAAAGCUCGAGAAACAUAUCGCACCUCAUUUUCUAAUCUGACAAAGGCUGCGGAUCCCGAGGCCCUGAAACUCUGGACAAAACAGAUUGAAGAUGCGGAAAAACGUAGAUUGGAGGACCCCGCAGCCAUGGAUAUAUAUGUUGCAAAGCGUCCGGGACGAAGUACUUCAACCCACCAAGAAUCCGAAAGUUCCGCAAAGUCGUUGACUCCAAUAGAGUCAUGGAUACAGUUUUCAUUGCUUGUUGAAGAAAAACAACUUGAUAUUCGUGUCCGUGCACGGAGACUUGUAAAUCAUGAUCGGCUUACUGACCGCGUUAAGUUGCAAAAGCUUCGCGAUGCACUCAAACCCCUGUUAUCCCAACUUGGACUGCUUCAAACCAAGGCAGGAGUAGUAACCACCUCGGUGCAUGGACGUGGAUUUUCUGAGCAACUCUUUGUUGAUUGGGAGGACGAUGAAGAUGUUCUGGCUCCAGGAUCAGCUCCGCCUGCGUAUGAAGCCAUUGACCAUCAACUAUUAUGCUUACCAUCUAAUGGAACAGCGGAUAAUAUCUAUGCACCAUAUGAGCUUCAAGCCCGAAUUUUGCAAGCCCGAAGCCUCCUCAAUCAGCUCCGUGAACGCAUAGCAGAGAGGUCGUUCCAAUACUCCGAUGUUGUCCGACACGCACCUCGGAAAGGUGUCCGUACAAGAGGGUAUACUGCGGCAAAGGAGCUUAGGGACCAGAUUUCUUUGUAUGCGCAAGCUUAUUCUCAUUGUAGAAGUUGUCUUGUGCAACUUGGUGCCGAUGAAAUUACUCUCCGGGAAUUUCGAGUGUUAACAAAAGAAGACAUCAAAUCCAGCACAGCAGUAAUUAACCCAAAUGUUGUCGGAUCAACAAAGUUCCGUUUGUCGUGGAUUUGGUACUCAGUCAACCAGCGUCUCGGACCAAGAUGGGCACUUGACCCCAAUGCCGACUCUGCCGCCGAUCCCUAUAGUAUUGGAGAGGAUGCCGAUCCCGCUACUGUUCUUGAAUUUAAACGCGUGCAUUGGCUACGUGCAAGAGCAUUAUACAACCGGUGGCUAGAAGAAGAAACAUUGGUUCGCUAUGAAAUGAAGUGGACUGUGCUAUUCUUCCUUCAUAAAUCUAAAUGGUGGAAAGACACCAUUAAUAGCGACAUACCUUUAUCACCAGGUGCAAAGGCUUAUGCACAUCGACAGUCCGGAAUCCAAAAAACCCCAACCAUCCGUGUCUUCCGUCAACCGUCUGUCCUUGCGAUGGACAAAGUGCCCACCAUUCGACCUUUCCGUGCCUACGAUCUUCAGUAUGGAUCGAACCCCCAACACCAUGAAUUCUUGCAAUCAGUUGUUUUUUGUGCCGGAUCGAGGUUUCGUGAGGCCUUGAUACAUACUCUGCAAAGCUCUGGGCAGAGGCGAAAACGAUGGAUGCAACAAGCCCUUCAAAAGGAAUUGAAUUGGGUUUUGAGGUGCAUUGGUCGGGCAUUCGCCAUCGGGUUUAACAUAGAGAUCCCGCUUGUAAUCCGCUGUCUGGCGGACACUUUGGGGUCGGUUUUGACAGAGAGUCUCCCUUUGGAGAUUGAUAUGGCCUUUGCUGAAUUUCUUGCUUGUGGAACUCGGGAUUGGGCAUUUGAAAAGCGCGUCGGAUCUUACAAUUACGACUGGUGGAAUCGGAACAGCGCCCCCAAGCCAUCGGAACUCUUGGGAACUGCAACUGUUAGUGAGAUUCUUACUUAUCACAAGGCGGAAUUUUACAAAACCUUCGAUCCUGAGCCGACGACCACAUUCGACGAAUUACUCAAGACUCACAUUGACCACAAGAUUCCCGAAAUUCCGCCCAACAUGUCUCUUGUUCACCCGGUUCAAAUUAUCUUGGAUAAAGUCGGAGAUACGUGUGACGCUUGCGAUGCUUUUCAAAAUCUUGCAAUUGAAAGUAUUCAACAGCUGAGCAGUAUAAAAAAUCACACGUCCAUCAUGUUCAGUACCGCCGACAAUACCCUCGACCGUAUUUCCCGACGCGCAAUCGGAUUCUUUGAAUUGUAUGAGGCUUCUCAACGUGCAGCGGACACCGCUAAAGGCCCCGCCCCGACGGACUCCAACGAAAACCCGGUUUCAAAAUGGACCUGGGGUAGACAACUAACAACCAAAGAAGUCUGCUCGCUUGGGGAUGGAAAAAAGGCGUCCCACUCAGGAUAUGCGGAAAGUCUCCGUGAUGGCAAGUUACGUUCACGGUCUGUGGACAAACCCAUUCACUCCCCGCACACAUCCGACGUUUUUGAAUCGGUUUCCUCUGUGGCGGCGGACAAUCAUCUUUCGAAUGAGGCUAUCAAACACCCUCAAUACUUUGAAGAUGGCACGGACAGCGGGACAAUUGCAAGUAUGAUUGAAAAGGCAGCAACUUCUUAUGAAUCCGACUCCGAUGCCUCCGACACCGGUGAUGCAGACACUGCGCCAUCUCAGGCUACUCAAUCAGUAGCAGAGCUGUUGGCGCAUGUGGAAUACAUUAGCUCCGACUCCGAUGACUUAGACGGCUCCGACGACAGCAUGCAUGGGGAGGAUGGAGGCAAGGGCACGGAUACUGGAAAGAAGAGGCAGAACAUUGAUACCUCCGCCAACAGUGGUGCCGUUAGGAGGACUAAACCGCGCGGGGAAGAUGGUCAGAGUGUCAAAGAUCAAGAUGCACCUCACACAACUGCAUACUUCACUAAGAAUUUUUUUUCUUGUCAACUUGAUGAAGACCUUUUUGAAAUGGAUGCCGAUGAGGAUGAAGAUGCCGACGAAGAUGGUGACAGCGAGGGCAGGGCCAUGGAACCAGGAUAUGCGCACAGACCAGGAUAUGCACACAGACUGGAACAUCCGCGUCGGCAAUGGAAAGCACCAAGCGCCCCGACAACCUGCCGACCAACCCCGCCUGCGCAUGGACCGCGUCGGCAAUGGAAUGCACCAAGCGACCGCGUUGGCAAUGGAAUGCACCAAGCGUUCCGACAACCUGCCAACCAACCCCGCCUGCGCAUGGACCGCGUCGGCAAUGGAAUGCACCAAGCGUUCCGACAACCUGCCAACCAACCCCGCCUGCGCAUGGACCGCGUCGGCAAUGGAAUGCACCAAGCAUCCCGACAACCUGCCGACCAACCCCGCCUGCGCAUGGACCAAAAAGCCAACGGGAUUGCAUGCAAAUGCGCGGUUCAAUGGUCCAAUGGGUCCAUUGAAUCCACAUAA